AUGAAGUCCCAUUUACGUGGAAGAACAUCAUUGGAAAACAAUAACAAUUUGAAUGUUCCAAAAGCGUUCCUCGCGUUGCUCGUCUUCGUCCUCGUCUUCCUCGGGUUGCGCGCGUUCGUCGUGGAUUCGAUUUUGGAGGACACCAACACCAAGAACAUGAACAACAACGAGUAUAAAGGGGAGGCGUUCAGACUCGUGGAGAAGCAAACGCAAAAACACGACCGGAGAGUGGAACUCGGCAUGGAGUGGUUUCGAACACAUUCGGGAGGUGGGAAUAGGUGCGCUUUGGACAAGAAAGGCGCGUGCGGGAGACACGCGACGUGCGUGAAGAACGUAUGCGUGUGCGCAGUUUUGUACGGAGGGAAAAGUUGCGACGAGCACAUCGAUUUACCGGAAGUGUACGUGGAUGGAGAGGAUGCGGAUGGUGAAGACGAGGACGCGCGAGAGAAGAUGUUAAGGUUGUUGAGCCCGGCGCAAAAGACGGCGAGGGAGCAAGCGAGCAAGGGAGUAGGGAAGGUUAAGGAUACGACGGAAGGUAUUGCGUUUGAAGGCGCGUUGACGUUGAACAAGGAGACGUGUGGGAGCGCAGGGACGGCGAGAGUCUCCGCGCUGACGGUGAAAUUGCCGUCAAAGAGAAGCGACGACGCGCGCGUGGGCGGCGGGUUGAUUGGCGGGUUGUUCGGUAAUAAAGACGGGAAGAGUGGAGCUUCGGGGAAAGGGUUCGUAAAUGUAGGGACAGUCGAACAGACGGUGUUGAAUAGGUUAGCGGAGACGGACGUUGUGACGCCGAAGGAAGAGCCGUGGACGAGUUGCGCGGUAGUUGGGAAAUCGGGCGUUUUACUCUCCUACGAAAAUGGACCGAAUAUCGAUCAACACCAGGCGAUUAUUCGCGUCGACGAUUUACCGACGCGCGGGUUUGAGCAAAGCGUCGGGUCGCGAACUACGGUGAGAAUUUGCGGCGAUGCCAAGCUACCGUUUUGUCAAAAAUACAUUCGCGAAGGCGCGGAAGAGACGUUGAUUGCGAAUAUUACCAACGGGAAUUCCUUGAGAGCUUUUGCGAGGAUGCACAGAGUGCACGAUAACGGUGUCGGAGCAGUCACGAAGAAACGUUUAAAAUUAGAAGCUUUUCACCCGGAGUUUAUGGAGUUUUUGGCCGAGGCUAUAGAAGGUAUUUCACCGAUGACGACGGAAGCGCAGGCGAUUAUGUUUGCGCUUUUGAAUUGCGCAAGCGUGGAUAUUUACGGCAUCGGGUUAGGACCAAACGAAGGGUUUGCGACGAGGUAUGACGACGAGUUAGGAAAUAGAGGUGAUGUAGAUACACGGUGUACAAUUUUGGGUUGGCGCACGUCGCCGAGAGGUGCAUCGUAG